CUACCCUACUAUAAAAAAUCUAAUUCGUGGCAAUAAUUUAUCCGUUAAAUGUUAGCUUUUGGGAUCGAUUCGAGCGGGUGCACACACCCAGCACGCUACUGGAUCCGUGCCUUCAUUACACUAGGCUAUACAAUGUCACAACACGCCAAGCUACACAAUGCCACAUAAUAACAAAGACACGGCAUAAUACAUAACGGAGUUAAUAAAUGGAGCAUUCGAACAAUAAAAUGACGUCACAUAUUUUAAAAAUGAUUUUUUCUCUCUCUCUCUCUCUCUUCAACAUCUAGCCAAAUAUUAUUUCGACAUUGAAAACACACAUGCUUGAAGAAAGCGGCUCGUUUCAUAUACCACCACUAAAUCAAAACUUGACAUACGGUUUGAAUAACGAUAUCGAUAUUGAUUACAGGGGCCUAAAUGUCUGCGCGUAUAUACGCCACACAAACACCUUCGCAGAAUUGCACGUCUGUCUCUGCGAGGUCGGCCUGUUUCCUUUGACGACGCUCUGCUGUGCUAUAUUAUUAUCUGGACGCUCUGUAUUUUUUCACAUGGCAAAUAGACUCGGUAUCAUGUAUGCGCAUGUGGGUGUUUAUUUGCUGGGGGCCGCCGCGUAUUAAUAUGCAUUAAGUGCCACACACAAUCGGCUGUCGUCACUGCCUGCCCAUUCAUUCACUUGGUCACCCCUUAACAAGUUUCGGGUUUCAACCAUGAGCAAGCAACGGCAUGUGUGUUUGUGUUUUUGACAAAGGUUAGAUGAUCACCUUACACGAGUUCAACGGAGAAGGCAAAACGGAGUUACCCAGGAUAAAGUUGUGAACUGUCAGCUAACAUUAUGUAACUUAGUUGGAAAUAAACAAACAGAACAAGAUGAAAAACUUGGAUUAACGCUGUGCUUUAAAUACAACAACAAAAAUCCAACAAUAAGAUGACGUCACUAGCAGACACCACCGGUGUUGCUAAUUCUCCUGUGUCAGGGUUUGUACGUCUUGAUGUUCUGCAUGAAAAAGAGGAAGAAACACUAGUGGAACAUGAAGAAGCUAGUGACUGUUCACCUCGGCUAUCAUCGCGACUUCCCGCCCAAAAUACUCACGCUGCGCUUUCCCGAACACCUGUUUCCCAGCAGCCUGACUUGCUUCAGGUAAACAUAGAGGAGCCGGACAAUGUGUUGAUAACUGAGUUAAAAGAGGAUGCACAAGUUAAGCAGACUGAUGGCGAACUUUCUCAAACUAAUGGCGAGUCUGUCCAGCCAGAAGACGAGUCUCCCCAACCACAAGGCGAGUCUCACCAACAAGAAGGCGAGUCUCACCAACAAGAAGGCGAGGCUGAUCAACUUGAGAGCGAGAAUAUGUUGGGAACAGGUAUUGAUGGACCGUUAAGCGAGAGGUAUGAAACAACCGAUACUGAUGCCGUGAGUCAAAUGACCGUGGUCGACAUUGAACUGACAGAUGAAGAUUAUGACACAGAUCUAGAAAACGAAUUUCCCGAUGAUGAGAGUGAUCCAACGAAGUGUCUGUAUUUUAAAAUCUGCGAGCACCUCGAUAUCACACCAGUCUCCUACUUCCUACGUCACAUCAAUGACAAACACAUCACCAUGAGGUACCACAAUCUCUCUCCUGACGAGGUCAAGGCCAUUGCACUUGUACUCAAAGACACGGUGAACGUGGAGACGUUGAAUAUCUCCGGUAACUACAUCAAAGACGACGGGUGUUACGCCAUGUGCCGGAUGCUGGAAGAAAAUGACUACGUAGUGGAAAUUGGUUUAGCCGAUAAUAAGUUAACCAAUGUCAGCGCAGAAUAUUUAUGUCAGAUGUUUCGCGUAAAUUCUGGUAUCAAGAAACUCGAUCUGUCAGGUAAUGAGUUUGAUGACGCAGUGGCUGAACAAUUCGCAAAUAUGUUAGAGAGUAACAAAUAUUUGAAGGAACUGGAUUUGAGUAAAAAUAAAUUCGACCAGGUUGCUGGAGCAAUCCUUGGGCCUGCAAUUGGAUCCAACGAUUUACUUGAUGUCCUUGACCUUAGCUGGAACCGCCUACGUCAAAAAGGAGCAAUUGCUAUUGCAAAAGGAAUCAAGGAAAACAUGCGUUUGAAGGUGUGUCGACUCGCGUGGAACGGGUUUGGUACCGAGGGCGGACUAGCGCUGGCAGACGCUUUGUCAGCUCACGAGACACUGCUCGAGCUCGACGUUAGCGGAAACAGACUCACACUUCCGGUAGCAAACAAGAUGGCGCAAGCACUAUCAACAAAUGAUACGCUCAAAAUACUGCGGAUGGGCAACAAUCUGAUCACCUCUGCAGGUGCAAUAGCUCUCGUCACGGCAAUACACAAUUCUGAGAACAGCGAGAUGGAACUCUUGGAUCUUACGGAUGUUCCGGUCGAGUUCGAAUUUCUCCGAGUGGUAGAAGACAUUAAACUAAAAAAGCCUCACUUUCAAGUGAUUCAUGGCCCCGCGAUGAGGUCGGGAAAUACUCUUACCGAUAUCGGCAAGGCAGCUAUAGAACCAUUCAAAAGGAAUAAAGAACCAGUGAUUAUUCUUAAGGAGCACAUUGUGGUUAAUGACAUGCGUUUAAUAGACAUCUUAAAAAGAUAUGAUGUUGAAAACCAACUAAGUGUUUCACCUGAACAGUUUAUUACAGCAUUAGAUGAACUCGCGGUCCCGUACGACAAAAAGAAACUUGAACAUGCUGUUCAGAGACUAGCAAAAGACCAAUCAGGAAGAAUAUAUUUUGGUGACCAUGCGAAAUUGGAAGAAACAACAGAAACAAACGAGAAAGCAUAAUUAGUUGAAUCAAAGAAAAAAAACGACGAUUAAUAUCUGGUUCAUAAUUAAACACAAAGUGGAGAGACAAAAGGGCCCUUAUCUUGCUGUGAACGCGAUGUCCAUAGCUGAAGGCCUACUCCAUAAAACUACUUUUCUACAACCAACAACCAAUAAAAAAGGGAAAAUAAUCAUGCAGACUUUUAUGUUUUUCCCUAACAGGUGAUGGGCGUGUGUAAGGUCGAUAAUGGGACCACAAUUUCAGUAUAUUUCAACAAAGGCAGGCUAAAAUAUAAUGGUUUUUAGUUGAAUAAUAAAUGUCAAGAGCACGAUAAACUAAGCUUGUUUUACAAUUGUAUUCAUUGUACACGCGAUAGUUUCCAAAGUGAUACAACUCGCCGCUAAAAGUGUAAAAUAAACAAGUACUAAGAAAUUACAAUAAAAUAUACAAUAUUCAAAAUAUUUUUGCAUACCGGUAUAUUUGUAUACAUUUUAUUUUACCUCUUUGUUUUCAUUUUCAAACCCAUUCAUUGUUUUGACCUACUACCUCCAGAAGAAACAUCUAUUGUUACAGACGUACUAGCCGUGUGUCGUGUUGUAAACGUAAUCUGUGUACCAUGGAUAUCUUUCGCUUCUAAUACAACGUGUCUUUCAUACCCUGCAAAUAUACACCUCGUACACACGUUUCACCAAGUAUCUCAGUCCUGUUCGUUGGAAUUAGUGCUUAUUUAUGUCCUGUCAAAUGUACUCAUAAUAAAUUAUGUGGUUAAAUG